AGUCCCGCAAGCUACUGCUUAAGCUCAGAGCUGCCGACUCUGAGGGCGCCUUGGCUGGAUCGAGCGAAGGGAGGUGGUGCGAGGAAGCUGGAAACAUGCCUCUGUCUGAGAGUAAUGUCCUACGACCUUCCUGCAGCCAGAAGCUUUGCAGAAACCUCUUUGGAUCAGUUGAUCAUGAACAGUUGCAGAAGGAUUUCCAGUCCUUGAUGAGGACCCAGCUGGAUGAAGCUCAGCAAAAGUGGAACUUUGACUUUGAAACAGAAACCCCACUUGAAGGGGCCUACAAAUGGGAAAAAGUAUCCCAUCUAAAGGUGCCGCCAUCUCAAGACCUCCACACAAAGGAGAAUUGCACUGGGGAAAAGAGCUUGAGCUCCCCAAUGCACCUCAAGAUGCAUACAAAGACAGAGAGACCUGGGCAGAUGGGUCUUGAGGCCUGCCAGACUGGCUCCCCAAGGUGUUCAAAACGAAAACAGACGAGUAUAAAAGACUUCUACAGCUCAAAGCGGAAAACUACCCCCUAUAAGUCAAACCCAUGAUAACCACACUACAAGCAAAAUGCAUCCAUGUGGUCUCUUGGCUGAAGGUGCUGUCCUGUCUUCACCACUGUUUGAUGGAAUGACCUACUUGGACACAAUCCCCAGUGGAGUCACCAGGACGGCUGUUUGAAGGAGCCGCUAAUCAGAGUUAGGACUCCUCCUCUGAAGACUCUUGCAGACCUCUUAUAUUAUAAACUCUUUAGUGGACUAGUGUAACAAUUCAGAAGGAUGUAGAAUUAUUUUAUUUUAUUUUAUUUUUUGAUAGCACUGGAGCUUUAUGUGCAAUGGGAUAUUGUAAAAAUAGACUUAAAAGUUGCUGGGGGUGGAGUGGGGGAAGCAUAUCUAAAGUGCUGACUGAGGGGGCUGGUGCGAUGGACGUAGGAAAGAAUUGGUGCAAGUUCUGCUUGUGGCCGAGAUUCUGUCUAGCAUCCCAGCCACUUGCCACUUUCAUAUAUGUCCCUCAGGUAAAGGCUUGCUUGUGGUAUGAAUAUUUUGCUCGUGCGAGGCCUAAAGUAUCAGUACCUGUAAAGGAUAGUGCUAUCCCAGGUUUGUAUUUUUACUGUGUUUCCUUAUCCUGUUAGGUUGAAACAAGCACGGUGAGGGGAAGAAAAGGGCUAGGUUACUCCUAGUCUAGCAAGCAAAUUCUGAAUUCGCUUUUCUAAAGAUGAAGACCUUGUUGUUAUGGUGGGCACUAGAUGUAUCACUAGCAUUACAAAUCAGUACCGUUACUGCUGAGGAAGGAUGUAGAGUGUGCGAUCCUUGCAGCCUUGAUGCAGUGCCUUUCCUUAAACUUCCGUUUGUUGUAACACUGUCCAAGAAUACUGUUAAACCAAAUCACAUAAAAUAACACUAGCCUGAGGGGAAAGUGUGGGCCAUGGAAACCAGAAGUCUGAGCUCUGAAACAUACCUCGCUACUUCCUUACAGUUUAGCAUAGCAUAGGCCUAAAGGCAUAGUUCUGUCAGCAAAGUCAACCAAGCUUGCUUCUGCAGUACAAAAACUCCAGCAUACAAUUGUGUAGCAAUUAGCGAGUGAGAAUAAUGUGGGGUUUGGUUCACAGUGAGUGCCAGCAAGGGUUGAUGUGGCUCACCGUUUGAAUCGCCAUUGCCGUAUCUCUCUGUGGCAUGGGGCACUUUUGACAGAGGAUGAUAAAGGACUUGGCUUAUACUUGCUUUCCAUAACUUCUAUGGCUACGUAAGUUCCUGCCAGCUCUCCUCAAAGGACGGUGCAUUGUUAGACUUAAACUACAGCUUUAUGUUCUUGCUGUGAGAUAAUCUGAUUUGCAGGUUUUCCACUUGGAAUUUGGGGCUGGCACUUCAGUUGCUGCCUGGUACCUUAUUGACAAAACCCCAACUCAUAAACCAUGUUUAACGCUAGAAUCUGAAAUGCAUUUAAAGCCUUCUCUAAUGGCAAUGUGCAAGCCAAAUCUGUAAAUUUGUCACUUUUUGCAUGGGUUUCUCACCUCCAUGCUGUUAGAAUAACCUGGUAGGGGCAGUAUUUCACUGGCCAAAUCUUGUGAACCCUGAAGAGUAUAGUGUCGUGCUUCAUAGGGAAGCUGCUUCUUUCCUACCAGAGUGAGUAUUGGCUGGAGCUGGUUCUCAGACCCCUGAGAGACAUUUGUAUUUCAUGAAGGGUGCAUUUCAUUUGACUGCUAUCUAUCUUGCAGAGAGGGGGAAGAUGGCUACAACCACUGGGGAAACAUUUCUGCUUUAAGACCUGUAGGAUUUUAUUUUGGACAAGACCAUAUAUGUAUAUAUGUGUGCUUUUGAGACCUCCUUCACCAUUUUGCCUCUGAGUAAAAAGUGGGGGUGGGGAAAUAGAAGUUGAGACGUGGUGGGCUGCGAGUUGUGCAGGCCUGGGAUAAGGGAGGGGUGUGUGUGAUACAGCAGCAGAAAUCUGAAAUACUAUCAGCCAUACUAGACUAUUAAAAAAUAAAUAAAUCUGUGGCUUGUGAGAGAGCUCUUGGAUGAGCUAUGAAGCCUUGGCUGCUUAACCAUGAAGGACGUUUCCAUGGUUUCUGCGAGGGCGGCUACCCAAAUACACUGAGCAGACUGAAAAGUCCAUGGCUUUGGGGAUGCAAACUGGUCCCUAGCAGGCAUGCAAGGUAUGAGUAGCCAUCUGAUCCGAAGCACAGCUUCAGGCACUUUCUUAAUCUCAUAAGUUUGCCUAUGGCCCUCUGACCUUUGUGGUUAGAGCUGCCUGGAGUGGGCCUGGCCGCUUUGACCAUUGCACUUUUACAUUCAGGGUAAUUCUAGGACUCUUUGAGCACUAAUCCAUUUGUUUGUGAAUACGAUGCUGCUGAACUGACUGACUAAGCCCAGGGCUUAAAAUAAAGCCACUUACAUAAUGGAGCAA